AACUUCGGCUUGCGGCCCUCCCUCCCACGCCCUGAUGCGGAGGUAGUUGGAGUCAGGCAGCAGAGGGCAGCCCCACGAGCCGAAGGCCCCCGGCCCGCUUCCUCCUGUGAAGACGUAGCUGCGGGUGGCUGUGGUGGCGUCCAAGAUGUCGACCAAGAAUUUCCGAGUCAGUGACGGUGACUGGAUUUGCCCUGACAAAAAAUGUGGAAAUGUAAACUUCGCCAGAAGAACCAGCUGUAAUAGAUGUGGUCGGGAAAAAACAACUGAGGCUAAGAUGAUGAAAGCUGGGGGCACUGAAAUAGGAAAAACGCUUGCAGAAAAGAGCCGAGGCCUAUUUAGUGCUAAUGACUGGCAGUGUAAAACUUGCAGUAAUGUGAAUUGGGCCAGAAGAUCAGAGUGUAACAUGUGUAAUACUCCAAAGUAUGCUAAAUUAGAGGAAAGAACAGGAUAUGGUGGUGGUUUUAAUGAAAGAGAAAAUGUUGAAUAUAUAGAAAGAGAGGAAUCUGAUGGUGAAUAUGACGAGUUUGGACGGAAGAAGAAAAAAUACAGAGGGAAGGCAGUUGGUCCUGCAUCUAUUUUAAAGGAAGUCGAGGAUAAAGAAUCUGAGGGAGAGGAAGAGGAUGAGGAUGAAGAUCUUUCUAAAUAUAAAUUAGAUGAGGAUGAGGAUGAAGAUGAUGCUGACCUCUCAAAAUAUAAUCUUGAUGCCAGUGAAGAAGAAGAUAGUAAUAAAAAGAAAUCUAAUCGACGAAGUCGCUCAAAGUCUCGAUCUUCUCAUUCACGGUCUUCAUCACGCUCAUCCUCCCCCUCAAGUUCAAGGUCUAGGUCCAGGUCCCGUUCAAGAAGUUCUUCCAGUUCGCAGUCAAGAUCUCGUUCCAGUUCCAGAGAACGUUCGAGAUCUCGUGGGUCGAAAUCAAGAUCCAGCUCCAGGUCGCACAGGGGCUCUUCAUCCCCACGAAAAAGAUCUUAUUCAAGUUCAUCAUCUUCUCCUGAGAGGAACAGAAAGAGAAGUCGUUCUAGAUCUUCUUCAUCUGGUGAUCGCAAAAAAAGACGAACAAGAUCACGGUCACCCGAAAGCCAGGUGAUUGGUGAAAACUCUAAACAACCCUGAGCCCAGGGCCCAACCCCUUGGAACACCACUACUUUACCCAGGCACCACAGGUCAUCUGGAUCAUCCCAUUCUGGUUCCCGUUCAAGUUUGAAAAAGAAAUAAUGUAUUAAAAUUUCCAUCUUAAAAAACAAAGCAAAACAAAACCAGUGCAGUGCAUGAAGCAUAUUUUUUAAGAAGUUGGUGUCUUACUUGGUCAGAAGUGCUAAAUCUGCUAGUAGAGGUGCAUGCCUUUCAUUGCUUUUCAGAACAAUAAAACUGUGGGUUUUUUGUGAAAUUAAAAGUAAAUAGUAUUUUAAGCCAUAAUGUUCCAAAAAAAAUAGAUACUCUAUUUAUUAUUUACAACCAUUUGUUUCAUUUAAAGUCAUCUAAACCAAAACAAUGCUUUGGUUCUAGUUUGAACUCAUAGUUCUAUCUUUCCAAAUAUGAACUUUGGUAAGAAAGGAUUACCUUGGUUUGCCUGAAUUUUGGGCAUGGAGACAAAAACUGUGGUAAAGUUGUUGGUUAAAAUCUGUUAUGUUAAUCUGGGGAAAGGGUGUUUGACAUCUGUUUUGCUAACGGAUGUCAAAAGCAAUUCUUCCAAAAAAAUUUUUUAAACUAAUUGUAACCCAGUCAACUGGAAACUUUAAAAUUCCCUAUUCUUAAAGGGUGCCUUAGAAUCAUUGUCUCUCUCUUUUACACAGUUGUACUUUUCUACACCGCAACAUUUAAUACAGGAAAAUUCUGUAAAUUUCAGCCGGAGAAAGGUGUUACUUAUUUCUUGGUUUGUGAUUCAUAAUUUGAGUGAGAAUGUCUGCCAAAUUCAUCUCUUCACUAUUGCUACAGUUGUCUUAUACAAAAAAUUUUAUCCAAAAUAUGUUAAUAUUUGAGUUUUGUGUAAUAGCCUUUAAGAAUCCAGUUAUCACAAUAGGGUAGACAAAACAAAUUAAUACUGGAAAAAUUGAAGAAAACUUAAAUGUAUUUCUUUUUUGGUGAGAGAUCAAAAGAAACAUUGUGGAUUUAAAUAACUAUAUUUGCCUUGAUGUGUUUAAACACUGAAUAAAAAUUUCUUUAGUGUAACAAGUGCUGGUUUCUGGAAGAAACAGUAGGAAAUAAUACUAUUCCUAUUUACUUGAAAUAUCUUAUGGCUUAAAAUACUUUCAGUUUGUUUUAUUUCUUAAUUUGGUCACUCAAGCUCUUUGUCUAUGGUUUUAAAAACAAAAAGGUUUCUCUUGACAGUAUCUUCAGUGACAAUGCAAGGUAAGUAUAUUGAGGGAAAUCGACAAUUGUGUUUUGGGGCUGACUUUUUGUCAUGGGACUCAAUACCUUUUUACCUUGUUUUUGAUUUUUUUUCCAACAUUAAUGUAUGCAUUAAUUAAAAAUGAAAACAUUUCUAAGCAUUUAGUAGACCAACCAAAAUUUGGGGGUUUUAUUUUAAAAUAAAUAAUUUUUUUUUCUUCAAUUGAUCUAAAGAUGAAAGCAAAAUAUCUUAAAGUAGAAAUAUUUUGAUAGUAUUUUUACAAUGAACUUCCCCUUGUUUUUUUACGUCUUAAUUUUCUUUGCUACGUUUACUGUAGGUUGCACAAGAACUUUUACUCUCUUGUAAUUGUGCCUCAGACUUCUUGAAAGUCCACCUUCUAAAUUGCCCAGAUGAUCUAGAUUUCACGUGUUACCAUUGGUUUAUUCUUGUGCUUUCUGUAUUUAAAACUUUGGCUGUACUAAACAAAUGCAAGGUUAUAAAUUUAGCUAAUAGUAGAUUACAGACAAUUCAGGUGAUUAUGAUUUCAUUUGGUUUAAGCUGUACUAGUUCAUUUCAUAAGGAAAUGAUACUGUAGACAAUGUUAAUAAAGCCUGUGAGUCAAGCAUCAAGUGGUGUUUGUUAGAAAUAAAUUAGAAUUUUAAACUCUGA